CUCGCUCCACGCAUUUUGACAAAUGGAAAACUCUCUCAAGAUGGCGAUAAAAGCAGUAAAGAAAAUGCCAGGGGAGGAACCAGCAAAGUAGGUUAAAAUUAAGAACCGUGUUAAGGAGCAAAAUUGUAAUCAAUGUGUCAAUGACAAGGAAAUUACAAGAUGUUUGAGUCACCAAAAAGUUUGCAGGAAGUCUGCAUUGACUAUAUCUGUGAUAAUGUUAUGGCAUUUUGUGAUUACCGUUCCGAUUAUGUUCUGAGCGCGGGUAGACCUCCCGACAAAUGGGCUCUUCCAUCAUUUGAGGAUGAGUCCGAUUCCGAUCAAAGUAUUUCAUCAGCCAAUGAAUUGGAAAAUUAUGAUUUUUCGGAUCCAUCGUUAAGACUCAGCUUCAAAGAUCCAAACACCUUUUUACCAACAGAAAUUUCUGAGCAACUGCUUUACGGCUUAUGCGAAAGAGAAAAGCUUUCCAAUCUAUCUAUUACGCUUUUUGAUUCCAAGACCACAAGGCUAAGGCAAGUUAAAUUAAAAGAUGCAUCGACUCUGACGGCUACAGGACUGAAUGUUCUUAAACAACAUAAAAUUAUAGAUUUAGAGGUAAAUGGGCUAAAAAUCGCUGUUUGUGAAUUAAUCUUUUGUUUGAGUAAAUGGAGUCGAGAAAAUCUUAGGUCAUUAAAUAUUGCAAAGGCACAUUUAGGAGAAGAUUCAAUAGAUGUGGCUCUAGGAGCGUUGGGUGAACUAAGUAAUUUACAAGUCUUGAAUAUUUCGGGUAUGACUAUCGAUGUGGUUGGAUUAGAAUUAGUUAUUGAGAGUUUACCACUCUUAGAAAACCUUGAUAUAUCCUGCACUGAGAUCGACGAUAUUUCUCCAUUAAGAAAGUGUAAGCACAGAUUGAAAGCACUAAGUUUGUACAAUGUAAAAAUAAGUCGCUGUAGACACACGAUAUCGGUAUUGUUGGAAUUGGAUGAAUUAAGAAAUUUAGAUAUAUCGGAUGAAAGAGAUUUAUAUGUAUUCGAAGUGUUCACACCUAUUCGAUCCAAGCUAACAGAUUUGCUAAAGGCAACUUAUUGUAUGCCAAAUUUAGUAAAUUUGGAUAUAUCGGGCAAAGAUGAGAUUGACGGGAAGGAUUUGUGGAAUUUCAUACAAGCACACAAAAAUUUAAAAUUCUUGGGACUUGUACAUUCUGAUGCUUGUUUCGAAGAUUGUCUUAUGAAUCCGUUCAACAAGAAUUACAGGCCUGAUCUUGUGGUGAGUGGGACAGCGACAGAAUCUCAAAUUUUAGAAGCUCUUAGAAGGUACCCAAACAGGCCAAUAUAUGUACAAAAAUGUCUCUACCAUCUAUUUCGUCAAACUGCAUAUUUCAAAGAAGUGCGAGUUGACGUGAUAAAACUCGUAAUACCUGGAAUGCGAGAACAUCCGCAAGAAUUUCGUGUACAAAUGGCAGCCACUGCGUGUCUUUACAACCUCACUAAAGGCGAAUUAGCCACGAAAAUACAUCCGUCUGUGUUAAAACAGAUCGUUGAUUUGACUCUAACAGCAAUGGAAUCUUAUCCUGCUCAUUACCAGCUGCAGAAAAAUACUCUAUUAACAUUGUGUAGCGACAGAAUUUUGCAAGAUGUCGCUUUUGAUAAAUACAGGUGUGCAAAAUUAGUGAUGAACUGCCUAUCGAACUUUGAUGACCCGUCCAUGAACCGCAUGUCCGUGGCCAUAUGCUCGAUCCUCGCAGCGAAAAUUUCGACCGUUGAAACAUCAAUGCUGGGUGCUGUGCCACAUUACAUGUCGAAGCUCCUCUCGAUGGUUCGCUCGAAGGUGCAGUCAAAGAUCGUCGAUAUAACGAUGAAGUUCACGCUUAGCGCUUUGUGGAAUCUUACGGACGAGAGCGCAACCACGUGUAAGGUGUUCUUGGAGGAGGGCGGCAUGGAAUUAUUCAUGGAGGUCCUCCUCAGCUUUGAAGGGGAGUCGAGCGUCGAAACGAAAGUUCUCGGCCUUCUUAACAAUAUCGCGGAGGUCGCCGACCUGAGGCACCAGCUGAUCCAGCCGCGUUUCCUCUCGAUGCUCUCGGUGCUCCUGGAGUCUAAGCACAUCGACGUGUCGUAUUUCGCUGCCGGCAUAGCUGCCCACCUCCUCAGCGAUGAUCCCCAUCCCCAGUUCCCGGCACGCUACCGUCUGCUCAAUCACUUGACUUGCGUCAUCACCAACUGGCAUACACCCCAGGGUGAGAUGGUGGCCUACAGGAGCUUCCAGCCCUUCUUUCCACUUUUGCGCUGCAAACACGCCCACCCCGUGCAGCUCUGGGCUGUCUGGGCCAUUCAUCAUGUCUGCACGAAGAAUCCGAAACGUUAUUGCGAAAUGUUAGUAAGGGAAGGUGGCGUAAAGAUCCUGGAGUCCCUGCAUAAGGAAAGCAUGUACGCAGGGCAGGUAAGAGUCCAUAACUUAUGCCGAGCGAUUCUGGACACCCUUGCCCAGCAGCCGUGCUAAUAGACUAAGCCACUCUUGACAUUACAACACGAUUAUCAACAAUCAACCACGACGAAAAUUACAAGUAAAAAUAAAGAACAUGAUUCGCGACCAUUCUGUCGAUUAUUGCAAACCGAGAGCGAAGUGGUGUGACGACGCAUUAGAAAGACGAAACUUUCCGCGUGCGUUUUUAACUAUUCCAUAAAACAA